CCACUAAACCCCUUCUCCGUCUCCCUGACUAUAUAGCUCAUUCAUCUGCCGCUCCGCUAUUUUCCACUCACAGAGCUCUCUCUCACAGAACAAGCAAAAAGACACACACACUCUCUCUCUCUUUCUGCUUUUCUGUGAGAUCUCUGUGUUCACCGGCGAAGAUGCGUGAAAUCCUCCACAUCCAGGGCGGCCAGUGCGGCAACCAGAUCGGAGCUAAGUUCUGGGAGGUCGUCUGCGCCGAGCAUGGCAUCGACAGCACCGGAAGGUACCAGGGGAACACCGAUAUGCAGCUGGAGCGGGUGAACGUCUACUACAACGAGGCGAGUUGCGGGAGGUUCGUGCCCCGGGCGGUGCUCAUGGAUCUGGAGCCUGGCACCAUGGACAGCGUCAGAUCUGGUCCCUACGGCCAGAUUUUCCGUCCUGACAACUUCGUCUUCGGCCAGUCCGGCGCCGGAAACAACUGGGCCAAGGGACACUACACUGAAGGCGCUGAGCUCAUCGACUCGGUGCUCGAUGUUGUGAGGAAGGAAGCAGAGAAUUGUGACUGCUUGCAAGGUUUCCAGGUUUGCCACUCUUUGGGUGGUGGUACUGGUUCUGGUAUGGGGACUCUCUUGAUCUCCAAGAUCAGGGAGGAGUAUCCUGAUCGUAUGAUGCUCACAUUCUCCGUCUUCCCCUCGCCUAAGGUGUCGGACACUGUUGUUGAGCCCUACAAUGCAACUCUAUCAGUUCACCAGCUUGUUGAGAAUGCAGAUGAGUGCAUGGUCCUGGAUAAUGAAGCUCUAUAUGACAUCUGCUUCCGUACUCUUAAACUCACCACUCCCAGCUUUGGAGAUCUGAAUCACUUGAUCUCGGCCACCAUGAGUGGAGUCACCUGCUGCCUUCGUUUCCCGGGUCAGCUCAACUCUGACCUCCGCAAGCUUGCAGUCAACCUCAUCCCGUUCCCUCGCCUCCACUUCUUCAUGGUUGGGUUCGCUCCCCUCACCUCACGUGGCUCGCAGCAGUACCGUGCCCUGACAGUCCCCGAGCUGACUCAGCAGAUGUGGGAUGCCAAGAACAUGAUGUGUGCUGCUGAUCCACGCCAUGGGAGGUACCUCACUGCCUCUGCCAUGUUCCGUGGCAAGAUGAGCACCAAGGAAGUAGACGAGCAGAUGAUCAACGUCCAGAACAAGAACUCAUCAUACUUCGUCGAGUGGAUCCCCAACAACGUGAAGUCCACCGUCUGUGACAUCCCUCCCACGGGUUUGAAGAUGGCUUCGACUUUCAUCGGCAACUCGACAUCGAUCCAGGAGAUGUUCCGCAGGGUGAGCGAGCAGUUCACUGCCAUGUUCAGGAGGAAGGCUUUCUUGCAUUGGUACACCGGGGAAGGCAUGGACGAGAUGGAGUUCACCGAGGCCGAGAGCAACAUGAAUGAUUUGGUGUCUGAGUAUCAGCAGUACCAGGAUGCAACGGCUGAUGAAGAAGGGUAUGAGGAUUACGAGGAAGACGAGGAAGCUUUAGGCGACGCUUGAUAAAGAUCCAAGAAAGGAUGGUAGAGUAAUAGCUUGAGGGUGCAGGGUCAAGUGUUUUUUGCUGUUUGCUACAAUCUAUGUUGUGGUUGUUUUUUUUUUUUUUUUGUCGCUUGUGUUUUUGACUGUUCUGAGUUCCUGAAUGCCUUGUUUGGGUGGAGUUCCUUAUCUCUCUCCUGCUUAUAGUGCGAGUUUGUGUGUUUAUGGGACGGUAGGGUUUUAGUGUUUUUUCAUGGCGGGUUAACUGCACAAUAUAUCAUGCUUGGUCUAGUAGCUUUACAGAAAAAUGAAACCUGUUAUCAACUAAUUCGGUUGACCUUUGUGUGUGGUUUUUUGCUAGGACUUGAUAACGCUUUUAAUUGUGGUUUAACUAUGGUUCAUUGUAGACAACGAGGCG